AUAAUCGAACUUCUGUGCGCAUGUAGCGUACUAUACUAUAAUAAACCGUAGCCAUAGAUGUAACUUGACAUCAGCUGAUUUUUGUAUACAUAAUGUCACCAUCCAACUUACGUCUAUUGAUUAUUAAAAAACACAACAUAUCGAUUUACUUAACUGCGUAUCUCGUAAAAUAUAAUUAAACAAAAUGAAUGAAAAAACAUAUAAUCGUACAUGUAAGGUUUAUCUUAUUUCGUCGUUAUUAGAAAAAUAGUAAGUAUGUACAUGAUGCAACAUAUUAAAGUCACUUAUUUCUUUUAAUAACAUGAUGAAUGAAAGACAUCGUUAAAUGAUUAAAAGUUUUACUUGCCCAUAUCUUAGCUGCAUAACAUUAAUGUUACAAAUAUGUAUCUUAAUGUAAACAGUUAAAAGGUAACUGUUUAUGAAUAUCAUUUAAAGUUGUAUCCUUUUUUUCAAUACCUGUCUACAAAUAUGUGCGUGUUGUAAAAGUUGUAAAAUGUACUGUAAAUACAUAAAACAACUACUAGAAAGUACAAUACAAAAUAAUAUUGCUGUAUAAUAGGUUAUUAAUACAAAUCUUUCAAGCAGGCCAAGUUAUUUUGAGCAUACCUUGAAGGUUGAUUGCCAACCUCAGAAAUUCAGAAUCUACUUCUUCAGUUUUAUAUAUGAAAACAAUUUUGAUUAAACUUGUUUAAAAAUGGACCCAGAUUCUGCAGAAAUGGUGAACGAAAUCAAAAACAAGGUAAUAUUGCAUUGGAACUGUAGAGGUCUGAUGGAGUUCCCUGAUGCGAUAAGGAUCUAUGGGAGCCAUAUUCAAGAAAUAUAUUUGAAGUGGAAUAAACUCACUACAUUACCUCCAUGGAUUAUAGAACUCUUUAAUGUUACGAAUAUAUAUUUAUAUGGAAACAUGAUCAAAGAAAUUCCUUCAGAACUAUGCCAAAUGAAUCAGUUAACAGUCCUUGAUUUAAGCUCUAAUAAAUUGGAAAAACUACCUUCCUGUAUAGGAUGUUUAAUUAACUUGAAAUCUCUGUUAUUAAAUGAAAAUUUCAUAGAUAGAUUACCUACUGAAAUGAACAAAAUGCAUAACUUGGAAAUUUUAUCUAUUGCUGGUAACAAAUUUGUUGUAUUGCCAGAAUGGAUAGGUUCCUUGCCUAAGUUAAAAGAAUUAAAUGCAGACAAUAAUCACUUGAAGGAACUACCUAAUAGACUUACCUUAUCACCAAAACUAUCAGUAAUUUCUGUAUGUUCCAACAGGCUAAGGUAUUUACCAUUAAACGGGUUUGUAUCAUCUCCUUGCAUUAGAUUCGAUGCAAAUGUCUGCUUGAAUUAUUUGUCAUAUCCGCUUCUUUAUCAAUUAACUUCUCAAGUUCAAGACUCAUUUAUGUAUGACCAACGAACUGUUUUAGGAUAUGGAUGCUUUAAAACAUAUUGUGGAAGCAAUGUAUUACAUACAAAUAUAAAAUUAAACAUAAAAAUAAAUACUAUAACUGGGAGGGAUACCAAUUUUAUGAUUGAAUUACCACGCCAACUUUUAAAAGUUUACAAUCUGUACGAAAAUGCAGUUGUUUCUCUGUGGGAAUUGGCUUUGAGAAAAAUUUAUACUGAAAGGUAUAAACAUACGCUUAACAUAUCUACAUCACCUAUAAAUAUAAAUGUUCAGUAUGAACCAGUUGCCAUAAGUAAUUGUUAUCAACUUGAUUUUCCAAUGUAUUCGAUAAAUUAUGGUUUUUAUAACUUGCUAAUAAACGGACCAACUAGUAUUUGUGUUAACUCUCCAUGCCAGCAACCAAUCUUUACAGAAGCUUGGGUUAUUGUUGGUAUAAGUUACUGUACGGAGUCCAUAACAACAGUUGCACUAUGCUGUUGUAAAAGAUGUGCAUCUGAAUUUUCUAAACAUUCCAAUAUGACGAUUAGUCAUAACUGGUAUUGUAUAAAUUAAUAGUACCUUAUUUAGUAAAUAAUUGUGUAAAUAGGAAUAUAAAAAUAAAAGAAUUUAAUGUUUUCGAA